GCAAAGGAACCUGCUAGUGUGUUUCUAGUAUGGAUUUUGGUAAAGGUAAAAUAAGGAGUUCCUGGUAUCUUGAUCAGUCCCAGAAAUCCUGGAUAGAAAAUACUUUCACCAAGAGGGAAUGUGUGUAUAUUAUACCAACUUCAAAGGACCCCCACAGAUGUGUUCCAGGAUGUCAGAUUUGUCAGCAGCUUGUCAGGUGCUGCUGUGGUCGAUUGGUCAGGCAACAUGCUUGCUUUACCGCAAGUCUUGCCAUGAAAUACUCUGAUGUGAAACUGGGUGAAAAUUUGAGUCAGGAAAUAGAAGAAUGGUCAGUGGAAAAACACACAGAGCAGACUUCAACUGAUGCUUAUGGUGUCAUAAACUUUCAAGGUGGCUCUCAUUCGUACAGAGCUAAGUAUGUGCGAUUGUCAUAUGACACUAAACCUGAAGCCAUUCUGCAACUUAUGCUUAGAGAAUGGCAGAUGGAGCUGCCCAAGCUUGUUAUUUCUGUACAUGGUGGAAUGCAGAAGUUUGAACUUCACCCACGCAUCAAACAAUUGCUUGGUAAAGGUCUUAUUAAAGCUGCAGUAACAACAGGAGCCUGGAUUUUGACUGGAGGGGUGAAUACAGGUGUUGCAAAACAUGUUGGUGAUGCCCUCAAAGAACAUGCUUCCAGAUCGUGUCGAAAGAUUUGUACUAUUGGCAUAGCCCCAUGGGGAGUGAUUGAAAACAGAAAUGACCUUGUUGGAAGAGAUGUGGUUGCUCCAUAUCAAACCCUGUUAAACCCUUUAAGUAAACUAAACGUCCUAAAUAAUCUCCAUUCCCAUUUCAUACUGGUGGAUGAUGGAACAGUUGGAAAAUAUGGAGCAGAAGUUAAACUGCGAAGAGAACUGGAAAAAACUAUCAAUUUACAACGGAUCCACGCAAGAAUUGGACAGGGUGUCCCUGUGGUAGCACUUGUAUUUGAAGGUGGUCCAAAUGUUGUUCUCACUGUUUUGGAAUACCUUCAAGAAAAUCCUCCUGUGCCUGUUGUAGUAUGUGAGGGAACGGGUAGAGCUGCAGACAUUCUGGCGCAUGUUCAUAAACAAACAGAAGAAGGAGGGAACAUUCCUGAAGGAGCAGAACCUGAAAUUAUUUCAACUAUCAAAAAGACAUUUAACUUCGGUCAGAGUGAGGCAGUUCAUCUCUUUCAGACGCUGUUGGAAUGCAUGAAAAAAAAAGAACUUAUUACUGUGUUCCAUGUUGGGUCAGAUGAACAUCAAGAUAUUGAUGUUGCAAUACUCACAGCACUGUUAAAAGGCACAAAUGCAUCUGCACUUGACCAGCUUGUCCUUACACUGGCGUGGGAUCGAGUUGACAUUGCCAAAAAUCAUGUUUUUGUUUAUGGGCAACAGUGGCUGGUAUGCAUUCUGCCACAAGCCCUCUGAUCGCUGCUACUACAGCUGGUGAAAUAUCACUUCUUGCUUCCAUAUUCCUGUGUCAUCCUUGCACUUUUCAUUACAUUGUCCAAAAUUCUUUUUUCCCUUUUUUCUUUUGUGAUAAAGAAACAAGGCCCAACUAACCCAACACUGUUUCACCUUGUUCGUGAUGUCAAACAGGGAAACCUUCCUCCAGGAUAUAAAAUCAAUCUGAUCGAUGUUGGACUUGUUAUUGAAUAUUUGAUGGGAGGAACCUACAGGUGCACAUACACAAGGAAACGCUUUAGAGCCAUAUACAACAGUCUCAGUGGGAACAAUCGGCGGUCUGGGCGAAAUCCUUCAAAUAAUACUCCUCAAUUGCGUAAAAGCCAUGAGUCUUUUGGUAACAGAGCAGAUAAAAGAGAAAAAAUGCGACAUAAUCACUUCAUCAAAACUGCACAGCCUUACAAACCAAAGAUUGAUACCACUGCAGAAGAAGGAAAAAAGAAAAGAACCAAAGAUGAAAUAGUAGAUAUUGAUGAUCCUGAAACUAGACGUUUUCCUUAUCCUCUUAAUGAGCUGUUACUUUGGGCAGUGCUGAUGAAGAGGCAGAAGAUGGCCCUCUUCUUCUGGCAGCACGGUGAAGAAUCCAUGGCUAAAGCCUUAGUUGCCUGUAAAGUGUACCGCUCAAUGGCAUAUGAAGCAAAGCAAAGUGACCUUGUUGAUGAUACCUCGGAAGAACUGAAGCAGUAUUCCAAUGAGUUUGGACAGCUGGCAGUUGAACUAUUAGAACAGUCCUUCCGACAGGAUGAAACAAUGUCUAUGAAGUUACUAACCUAUGAGCUGAAAAACUGGAGUAACUCAACUUGUCUUAAGCUAGCAGUGUCAUCAAGACUUCGCCCAUUUGUUGCUCAUACUUGUACACAAAUGUUGUUGUCUGAUAUGUGGAUGGGAAGGCUGAACAUGCGGAAGAAUUCAUGGUACAAGGUGAUCUUGAGCAUUUUGCUUCCCCCUGCCAUACUGUUAUUGGAAUAUAAGACCAAGGCUGAAAUGUCCCAUAUUCCGCAGUCUCAAGAUGCACACCAAAUGACAAUGGAAGAUAGUGAAAACAACUUCCAGAAUGCAGUAGAUGAAAUACCUAUGGAAGUAUUUAAAGAAGUAAGAAUCUUGGACAGUUCUGAAGAAAAGCAUGACCUGGAGACACCAACUAAACCGAAGAGGCUUCCAAUUACACAGAAGUUUUAUGCAUUCUAUCAUGCACCAAUUGUGAAAUUCUGGUUUAACACGCUGGCAUACUUAGGAUUUCUCAUGCUCUACACAUAUGUGGUCCUUGUGAAAAUGGAGGAGUUGCCAUCAGUUCAAGAAUGGAUUGUUAUUGCUUACAUUUUUACAUCAGCCAUUGAAAAGAUUCGUGAGAUCUUCAUGUCAGAGGCUGGAAAGAUUAACCAGAAGGUUAAAGUGUGGUUCAGUGAUUACUUCAAUGUCAGUGAUACAAUUGCCAUUGUUACUUUCUUCAUUGGGUUUGCACUAAGGUUUGGAGCAAAAGGGAACUUUCAUGAUGAUACUUAUGAAAAAAAUUACAUAUUUGUUUCUGGAAGAAUAACAUACUGUCUAAAUAUUAUAUUUUGGUAUGUGCGAUUACUGGAUUUUUUGGCAGUAAAUCAACAGGCUGGGCCUUAUGUCAUGAUGAUUGGGAAAAUGGUGGCCAACAUGUUUUACAUUGUGGUGAUUAUGGCACUUGUGCUGCUUAGUUUUGGUGUUCCCAGGAAAGCAAUACUGUAUCCUAAUGAAGCACCGUCUUGGACCCUUGCUAAGGAUAUUGUGUUUCAUCCAUACUGGAUGAUUUUUGGUGAAGUUUAUGCAUAUGAAAUUGAUGUGUGUGCAAAUAAAUCAGAAGUUAGUGAGCUCUGUGGACCUGGAACGUGGUUGACCCCAUUUCUUCAAGCUGUCUACCUCUUUGUACAAUACAUUAUUAUGGUUAAUCUACUUAUUGCGUUUUUCAACAAUGUAUAUUUACAAGUAAAGGCAAUUUCAAAUAUUGUAUGGAAGUAUCAACGCUAUCAUUUCAUCAUGGCCUACCAUGAAAAGCCUGUUCUGCCUCCACCUCUUAUUAUUCUUAGUCACAUGGCUUCCUUAUUUUGUUGUAUAUGUAAGAGAAGAAAGAAAGACAAGACCUCAAAUGGGCCAAAACUCUUCCUAACUGAAGAAGACCAAAAGAAGCUUCAUGACUUUGAAGAGUUAUGUGUUGAGAUGUAUUUUAACGAAAAGGAUGAUAAAUUCCACUCUGGCAGUGAAGAGAGAAUCCGAGUCACUUUUGAACGGGUUGAGCAUAUGUGCAUUCAAAUAAAAGAAGUUGGUGAUCGAGUCAAUUACAUCAAACGAUCAUUGCAGUCUUUAGAUUCCCAGAUUGGCCAUUUACAGGACCUCUCUGCUCUGACUGUGGACACUCUAAAAACACUAACUGCACAAAAGGCUUCAGAAGCUAGCAAGGUCCAUAACGAAAUUACACGGGAGUUGAGCAUUUCAAAGCAUUUGGCACAAAACCUUAUUGAUGAUGGCCCUUUAAGGUCUUCUGUGUGGAAAAAACAUAGCAUAGGAAAUAUUUUUGGUUCUUCUUUUCCACAAGGUGGCCUUGAGAGUAAUAAUGCUUUACUCUGUAACAUUUCUAUACGCAAUGAAAGAAACACCCAAUAUACGAUGGGUCAGGAUUUAGAUCCUGUUCCCAGGAGGGAAGAACUAUUUUUACAAGAGGCAGGUUCCUCAGGCAGUGCCUUAUUUCCAAGUGCUGUUAUUCCUCCAGAACUUCGACAAAGAGUACAGGGUGCAGAGAUCUCAAAAUGCACUAAUAAAAAUAAAAAACUAGGCAACUCAUCAAACAGCAUGCCACAUCUGACUUCAACAACUAAAUUUUUUGUUAGCACUCCAUCUCAGCCCAAUUGCAAAAGUCAGCUGGAAUCUACAGCAAAGCAAGAAGAAGCUAUUUGCUCUAAGGCUACAGAAGGAGAUAAUAAUGUAGAAUUUGGUGCGUUUGUAGGUCACAGAGACAGUAUGGAGUUACAGCGGUUUAAAGAAAUAGCAAACAAAGAAAAAAAUAAUAUUGAGGAGCAACAAGAAGACUUUAAGAAAGCUAUUCUGGAGGGUAUAGAGAUGACCAGACACCAGGAUGGUCUUCAAACUGACUGUAAUUUGAGACAGACUAACUCUUGCAGUGGGUUUGCUGAAUAUCUUGAAAACUCUUUGGCAGGUCGUUCGGAACAGUUAUACAGUGUGAGUAGAAGAGCAUCAACUGAAGAAAGUCAUCAAGUAGACUCUAAGGCAGCCUUGCUCCCGGAUUGGGUACAAGGUAGACCUUCAAAUAGUAGUCAAAUGCCUUCUGAUGAAGAUGCGUUGAAUGGUAUUGCUUCUCCUUUUAAGCCAAUAAUGGAUAUCAAUUACUACUACUCAGCUGUAGAAAGAAAUAAUUUGAUGAGGUUAUCACAGAGCAUUCCGUUCACUCCUGUGCCUCCAAGAGGUGAGCCAGUCACUGUGUAUCGCCUUGAAGAAAGCUCUCCCAACACCUUGAACAACAGCAUGUCUUCCUGGUCACAGCUAGGACUCUGUGCAAAAAUUGAAUUUUUAAGUAAAGAAGAGAUGGGUGGCGGUUUACGUCGAGCUGUUAAAGUAGUAUGCACGUGGUCAGAAUAUGAUAUCUUGAAAUCAGGACAUCUUUAUAUCAUCAAAUCUUUUCUUCCUGAAGUUGUGAAUACUUGGUCGAGCAUCUACAAAGAAGACACGGUGUUACACCUCUGUUUGAGAGAAAUUCAACAGCAGAGGGCAGCACAAAAGCUCACAUUUGCUUUCAAUCAAAUGAAGCCUAAAUCCAUUCCAUAUUCUCCAAGGUUCCUGGAAGUUUUCUUGUUAUAUUGCCACUCAGCUGGACAGUGGUUUGCUGUUGAAGAGUGUAUGACUGGAGAGUUUGGAAAAUACAACAAUAACAAUGGUGAUGAAAUAAUUCCAACAAAUAUGCUAGAGGAGGUCAUGCUAGCUUUCAGCCACUGGACUUACGAAUAUACAAGAGGGGAGUUGUUGGUACUUGAUUUGCAAGGUGUAGGUGAAAAUUUGACAGAUCCUUCUGUUAUAAAGGCUGGAGAAAAAAGGUCUUAUGAUAUGGUGUUUGGUCCAGCCAAUUUGGGAGAAGAUGCAAUCAAAAACUUCAGAGCUAAACACCACUGUAAUUCCUGCUGCAGGAAGCUUAAACUUCCUGAUCUGAAGAGGAAUGACUAUACACCUGACAAAAUCAUAUUUCCUCAGGAUGAUUCACCAGAAUUGACAAUUCAGCCAGGAAGCUGCACCAAAGAAUCAGAAUCAACUAAUUCUAUUCGUCUAAUGCUGUAAUGACAUGACCAAAUCAUUGGCUUCACUUAAACUUUACAAAAUGUCAUAAAGUUGUCACUUACUAUUCUCCACUGAAAUUUAGUUUAUAUUAGAUGAAAGAGAUAUCAACAUAAGGAACUAUAUAUUUUAAGUGGAAUUUUGAUGGACAGUCUAUCAGCUAGGAGACCUGACAACUUGUGGUAACCACCUACAGAGAAUAGCUGGCAGCUGGUCAUUUUAAAGGUUCAAUAAUGACAACCAUUUAUGAUGUGUUUUUAAAAGGGGCUUUUUAGCAGAAGCUUUAUCUUUAAUUUUAUUUUGGUUUAGUGGAGGAUCUUUUCUCUCAUCCUGUGGUGCAAUAUACCCUUGACCAAAAGAAUUUUGGGGGUCUGAUAUUUUAAGGCAAAAUGUCUGUUUGGCAGGUGGUUGAUGGUCAACCAGCCAAAAAAAAAAUGAAGAAAACACCCUUCCUCUUAAUGUUAGAUGAUUCCCCAAGAAGUUAUAGAGGUAUCCCACUAAUGUUUUCUCACUUGAUGCCGUAUGUAUUUCAUCUGGCCCUUUUGGAAGGGAACAGAUCCAAAGGAACUAGAUUCAGUGCCAGUAGGCUAAGGUUGAAGGCAGAAAUUGAUCUAUUCCAAUAGAGUUUGGCUCGUGAAUUGGGAUUUAGCUUCACAGGUGUGAAGCCUGCUUUUGUGGAAUAGAGCUGUAAUAGUGCACAGUGAAAUUUCUUAUUUUAUACAUUUCAGUUUUAUCAAGUCACUGUCCAUUAGUAGCAAAUAAAGCCAUGGUAGACUGGUAUAAUCACAUUAUAUAGAAGAAAGUAGAGCGUACUGGUCCAAAUAAGUUGCCUUGUAAGAAAACAAGUUGGGGAAGUGUUUGUUUUUUCUUGUAUGUAGUGACUGCUUCAGAAUUUAUGCCUUCCAAAGAUCUCAUAAAAACAGUAUAUCAAAGCUGAAUGUACACAUGAACCUUUAAAUGUGUUUAAAAUUGUGUAGAAACAUCUUUAAUGUUACGUUAUUUGUGGUACUUAUUUUUAAAAAAAGGCUAGGGUCGGAUUAGCAUUAUGUAAAGUAUGGGAAAUUGCAAUGCACCUUUACGCCAAUAAAAUGUAACUUAACUGUCCCAAAUAUUGUUGAGAAUUCAGCAAGAAAAACCUGUUGUCCACCUGAAGGUUCAUGCUGCGAUAUUUUUUUUGUUUGGUUUUUUGUUACAUAGGUACUAAUUUGUAAUUUUUAAUUGAAGGGCAAUAUAAAACUCUGUAAAUUUUUUUUAUUCAGUAGUGUAUCUUAUAGAUACAGACCUAAGGCACGAACACACUAGCUGUUUAAAUGGUGUUUUAUGUUGAUGGGGGGAAAGGAAGGUGUAUUAAAGAUAUAAUAGUGUAUACAUUUUGUAUAUCAUUCAAUCUUUAAAGAAUCUGAAAUAAAUUUAUUCUUGUUUACAGA